AUGUCUGACGCCACCGAACAACCAAAGAAAGAGAGGUUCGCGCCCAAAGAACCAGUCACGUUGAAUCCGCCAAAAGAUGAUGUCAUCGACCGUGCUUAUCUGGCGAAGUGUGAUGGUGCGCUCCCAAAGACUACGCACUUCUACAUGCACUACCUAGGCCAUCGUCCACUGAUACUGCAAGCAGGCACGAAUGAAGGCUACCCUACUCUAGUUGCUAUCAAGGGCGACGUAUUUGAUGUGAGCGGCAAAGAGACAUACGCACCUGGGAAGGGCUAUCACGUAUUUGCGGGCAAAGAGCCCAACCGUGCGCUUGGUCUUUCCUCUCUGAAGCCAGAAGACUGCAUAUCGGACUACUCGGAGCUCACCGACAAGGAGAAGCAAGUCCUGAAUGACUGGCAUACAUUUUUUAGCAAACGCUACAAUGUCGUUGGCCGACUACAACCAACAGAAGGUGUGAAUCUUUAA